AUGUUAAUGAGGAACACAACUUCAUCCUCUGACUUUAUCCUCCUGGGGCUUCUGGUGAACAGCGAGGCUAUAGGGAUUGUAUUUACAGUUAUCUUUGCUAUUUUUGUGGUGGCUGUAACCGCAAAUUUGGUCAUGAUAUUCUUGAUCCAGGUGGACCCCCGCCUCCACACCCCCAUGUACUUUCUUCUCAGCCAACUGUCCAUCAUGGACACCCUUUUCAUUUGUACCACUGUCCCCAAACUCCUGGUGGACAUGGUUUCCAAGGAGAAAAACAUUUCCUCUGUGGCCUGUGGCAUCCAGAUCUUCCUCUACCUGACCAUGAUUGGUUCGGAGUUCUUCCUGCUGGGCCUCAAGACCUAUGACUGCUACGUGGCUGUCUGCAGCCCUCUUAGGUACCCCGUCCUCAUGAACCGCAAGGUGUGUCUUUUGCUGGCUGCUGGCGCCUGGUUUGGGGGCUCCCUGGAUGGCUUUCUGCUCACCCCCGUCACCAUGAAUGUCCCCUACUGUGGCUCCCGCAGUAUCAACCACUUUUUCUGCGAGAUCCCCGCGGUUCUCAAACUGGCCUGUGCCGACACAUCCUUGUAUGAAACCCUGAUGUACGUCUGCUGUGUACUCAUGCUGCUCAUCCCCAUCUCCAUCAUCUCCGCCUCCUACUCCCUCAUCUUGUUGACCGUCCACCGCAUGCGCUCCGCUGAAGGCCGCAAGAAGGCCUUCACCACCUGCUCCUCCCACUUGACUGUGGUGAGCAUUUUCUAUGGGGCUGCCUUCUACACCUAUGUCCUGCCCCAGUCAUUCCACCCCGAGCAGGACAAGGUAGUGUCAGCCUUCUAUACCAUCAUCACACCCAUGCUGAAUCCUCUGAUCUACAGCCUCAGAAACAAGGAUGUCAUCAGGGCAUUUAAAAAGAUAUUUGCGUGUUGCUCAUCUGCUCAGACAGUAGCAACGAGUGAUGCUUAG